UGAGGAGACAAAUCAUUCAAAUUCUACUUCAUUUUGGCAAGAUUGCAUUCCAACUGGCUCUAUACCCCCACUCUACACUCUCCACCUUUGGCUAUAAAAGGAUCACACAUUGUUUCCUCUAUACAACAUCAACAACUCUUCAACUCCUAUAACACCCUCAAGUUACACCAUUCUCUAUAGUGAGUUAUUUGGUUCAAGAAAUGGCAUCAAGCUCAAUGUCAUCCACAGGCUCAUGGAGUGCCAAGGACAACAAGGCCUUUGAAAGGGCUCUGGCUGUUUAUGAUAAGGACACUCCUGACCGUUGGUACAAUGUUGCUAGGGCUGUUGGUGGCAAGACUCCAGAGGAAGUGAAGAGGCACUAUGAACUCCUCCUCAGGGAUGUUAGGCACAUUGAAUCAGGCCAAGUGCCAUUCCCAAAUUACAAGCAAAGUGGAGGCUCUUAAGAGGAGAAAAGGAUGAGAAACAUAAAGUUUCAGUGACGAAUUGGCAUGAACAACAAAGAAUUUAUGGUGUUCACUAUCUAGCAAAUUUUCUAGAAUCCUAGUGCUACGUAAUAAGUAGCGCUAGUGACGUAGUAGUAGUAUAAUAUUAUUCAUAAGAAUCGUUUCCCAUGAUUCCAUGUUGUAUUGUCGUUGAAGCUGCCUUGAAGAACCAACGACUCUGUUUAAGUUCCCACCAUCAAUAAAGUUUUCAUUUU